AUGAUUCAAACCUCAGUGCAAUUCGGAGGGCUACUUAGUGAGGAUCCUAAUGCUCGCAUUGCAAAUUUUCUGGAGAUUUGUGAUACCUUUAAGUUUAAUGGAGUCUCAUCGGAUGCUAUCAAACUCAGGCUUUUUCCAUUCUCACUUCGUGACAAAGCAAAAGGUUGGCUGAACUCUCUUCCUCCUGGUUCAAUUACUACAUGGGAAGAUUUGGCACAGAAGUUUCUUGCUAAAUAUUUUUCACCGGCUAAGACUGCAAAAAUGAGGAAUGACAUAACCUCAUUUGCUCAAUAUGAUGCUGAGUCUCUUUAUGAGGCAUGGGAAAGAUUCAAAGAUUUGCUUCGACGAUGUCCGCAUCAUGGGCUACCCAAAUGGCUUCAGGUACAAACUUUCUAUAAUGGCUUGGACGGCAAUCUUAAGUCCAAUAUUGAUGCAGCUGCAGGUGGUUCUCUAAUGGCAAAAUCUAUUGACUCUGCUUAUGAAUUACUUGAGGAUAUGGCAGCUAACAACUAUCAAUGGCCUAUUGAGAGGUCAAUGCGAAAGAAGGUAGCAGGAAUUCAUGAAGUUGAUGCUAUAACUGCUCUAACUGUUCAAGUGGCUGCUUUGUCUAAAAAAUUUGAUACGCUGGGAGGCAAUGCUAGCCAUAAUACGUACAUGACUUGUGAAAAUUGUGGAAGUAAUCAUGCCACCAACCAAUGCUCCAUUAAUGCAGAAUCUGUGCAGUUUGUUGGUAACUAUAAUAGGCAAGCUAAUAUGAAUUCAAAUUACUACCAUCCGGGUUUGAAGAAUCAUCCGAAUUUCUCAUGGGCUGGCAAUCAUGGGCCCUCUUCAUCAUCAAAGCCAAUGUUUCCACCAGGUUAUCCACCGCAAGCACCACCACAGGAGAAGAAGCCUAAUCUUGAAGAUUUGGUAGCGCAAAUGGCUUCAAAUACUAAUCAAUUAAUAACAGAGACAAGGACUCAACUCCAAAGUCAAGCGGCCUCGAUUCGAAAUCUCGAGAUGCAAGUGGGACAAUUGGCUAAUUCUAUGAAUAACCGUUCGCAAGGAGUUUUACCUAGCAACACGGAGAACAAUCCAAGAAGAGAUGAUAAAGAACACUGCAAAGCAAUCACAUUAAGAAGUGGGAAGGAGUUAAAUGAAGUUGACAUGAGACCAAAAACAUCAAGAAAGCCAGAAGAAGAGAUUGGGAGCGCUGAAAAACAAGUAAAGUCUCAAGAAGAUAAGCCAAAAAUGGAGGAGUCUCAGCCAUACAAUCCGCCACCACCAUUCCCUCAACGUCUUCAGAAGCAAAAAUUAGACACGCAGUUUUCCAAAUUUUUAGAGGUGUUUAAGAAGCUCCACAUUAAUAUUCCAUUUGCGGAUGCUUUGGAGCAAAUGCCAAGUUACGUAAAGUUCAUGAAGGAUAUCUUGUCUAAGAAGAGGAGAUUGGAUGAUUUUGAAACAGUUGCAUUGACUGAGGAGUGUAGCGCCAUGAUUCAAAAGAAGCUUCCACCAAAGCUCAAGGAUCCGGGGAGUUUCACAAUUCCAUGCACUAUAGGUAAUCAAUUCUUCAGUAGGGCUUUAUGUGACUUGGGAGCUAGUAUAAAUUUGAUGCCAUUGUCAAUUUAUAAGAGACUUGGUUUGGUAGAAGCUAAGCCUACCAAUGUGACUUUGCAACUUGCUGAUAGAUCUUUGACUUAUCCGAGGGGUGUGGUUGAAGAUGUUCUUGUAAAAGUUGAUAGAUUAAUCUUUCCAGCAGAUUUUAUAGUGCUUGAUAUGGAGGAGGAUCAUGAAGUGCUUAUUAUUCUAGGGAGGCCGUUUCUUGCUACGGGGAGAACUCUUAUUGACGUACAAAAAGGAGAGCUUACUAUGCGAAUCUAA